AUGGGAACAACAGAUUCGAUUCCUGUUAUUUCUUAACUUAAAUCACUGGUUGAAGUUUGCUGUGGUAAUACUGUAGGUGCUCGAAGAACUUAAAUAAACUUUUCAAACUAAUGCAUAGUAGUCUCACAAGUUAAAUCUUUAGUUUAAUCAUUAGGUGGGGAUAAUGUAGGGGCAAGAUAAACUCAAGAAAUUUACUUAAAUAAUGCAGUCCAAACCAUCAAUGGAAUUGCUAAUGGGACACCUGGUGUUGGACAUCUCAAAGGUUCUUUACAUUAUAUAAGAGGAGAGAAGGAAGCUGGAGAUCAGGCCAUGAAGUCUGCAUCAAGGACUAUUGGAGUUAUUGGAGGAGGAGUAAGUGGAAUGAUUAUUGGUGGUCCAAUUGGAGCUGUUGCUGGAGGAAUUGCUGGUGGAGCAGUAAUGGAUGGGAUAACCACUGGGUAAAAACCAGCGAAGAUUAAUCAAAAGAUAUCUAAUCAGGCAUAACGAAAUCCUAAGAUUGGGUCCAGAGCAUCUCAUCAAAAUGGGAGUUUAUAACCCAAGAUUCGGGCUAGAAUUGAUCCUUCAAAUAUUCUGCCUGAAUCUCUCGAAAGCUUGACUGCUGACGGAUAAAUCGAUCUUUAGAGAGUUUAUGAAAGUAUGAAGCAUGCCAAAACCGAAUAUCUAGAUAUUGGUUCUGCAGUUGAAGUAAAUAAUUAAUUUGAUCUCCAGUCAGCAAUUCCAAAUGUAUCAGAUUUAGAUGGUAUUAUAAGAAAUAGUUCUAAUGCCCAUACAAACUUAAUGGUAACAAAUACAGUCUAAAUCUGA